AUGGCCAGGCAGCGGCCGCAGAGCGCCAGGCCACGCGAUCCCAAGGAGGUGUGGAACGUCGCGGCGGUGAUCCCCGUGGAGAAGGGCACGGUGGCCGGAGGAGGCGGUGGGCAUCACCAGCAUGGAGGCCACAAGCACGACGGGCAGACGAAGCAGCAGCAGAGGGUGCUAGAGAGCAGCAACAGCAGCAGCAGCUGCUUCAGCGACGAGCUGGUUCUGGGCGAGGAGAACAACUUCCUGGGCACCGAGCUCCUCAAGCGCACCUGCAAAGGUAAACCCCGAUCAGUGCUGGAGGACGGUGAGCAGCGGCGCUUCUUCGGCCUGCGGACGGCGGAGCAGCGGCCUGGACCAAGGGAUGCACCGCUGCACUGUUUUAUCCGGAGGGACAAAAAGAACUCAACCUUUUCUCUCUACCUCAGCUUAACACAGGCCCUAACGGAUAAAGGUAAGUUUCUUUUGGCUGCUCGAAGGUUCAGACAAGGAGCACAUACAGAAUAUAUCAUCUCUUAUGACUAUGAUGAUCUGCACCCAAGAAGCAGUUCAUAUGUUGGAAAGUUGAGAUCUGACUUCUUGGGGACAAAGUUCAUCAUCUAUGAUAGCCAGGCACCAUAUGCUGGUGCUAAACCUUCGAGGAGCCGAUCUACUCGCCGCUUUGCAAGCAAGCAGAUAAGCCCACAGGUUUCAGGUAGCAAUUUCGAAGUUGGACAAGUGACCUAUAAGUUCAACUUCAUGAAAUCAAGAGGGCCAAGACGAAUGCAGUGCAAUAUCCAGUGCCCUGUAGGUCAGGGCACUUCGUCAGAUCCAUCCAUGGAGAAAACACCCUCGCCGAGUUCCUUGGAUCUAAAGAACAAAGCUCCAAGAUGGCACGACCAUCUUCAGUGUUGGUGCUUAAAUUUCCAUGGCCGGGUGACUGUCGCCUCUGUUAAGAACUUCCAGCUUGUCGCCACAGCUGGCUCUGGUGGUUCAUGGGGCGUUGGAGAUGAGGAAACGGUGAUCCUGCAGUUUGGGAAGAUCGAGGACGACGCGUUUACAAUGGACUACCGGCAGCCUCUGUCUGCCUUCCAGGCGUUCGCUAUCUGCCUCACCAGCUUUGGCACGAAGCUGGCUUGUGAAUAA